CUUUUGAAACAAACCGAUUUUUUAAAGUAGGAAAAGUCCUCUGAAGCUGGGAACCGUUCAAGUGGUGAUGAGAUCAUACUCUAUACCAAACACAUAUGAGAAACUGCGUGGAAAUCUAGCUAAUAGCAGAAGGUCAAUGAUAAUUAAACCUUAUGGUGGCUAUAUUAUGAGGUGAGAUUUUGGAAGUUUGUUGAAAGGAGAUCAAGUGAUCAACUAUACUCUACAUGGCAAAGCUAAGUUUCCUGUUCUGCAUCUUGGCUCUGCAUCGAAUCCUUCUCGUCCCCAGUAGCUGUUCUGGUCACCUCCGGCAGCCGGAAACGCCUGUCCCCUUCUUCAUCUUCGGUGAUUCAAUCUUGGAUCCUGGGAACAACAACUACAUAAACACUACUACUCAGCACCAGGCAAAUUUCUGGCCAUAUGGAGAGACGUUCUUCGAAUAUUCUACUGGGAGAUGUAGUGAUGGUCGUCUCAUCUCAGAUUUCAUUGCCAAAUAUGCCAAGUUACCAAUGAUUCCGCCCUAUCUACAACCUGGCGUUCAGUUUAAUUAUGGAGCAAACUUUGCAUCAGCUGGAGCCGGUGCUCUGGUAGAAACCUAUCAAGGGGAGGUAAUCGACCUCAAAACUCAGCUAAAGUACUUUGAGGAGAUGGAGACUUCGUUGAGACACAAGUUGGGAGAUGCUGAAACCAAGAAAUUCUUGUCAAGAGCAGUUUACCUCUUUAGCAUUGGAAACAACGAUUAUAUGAGCCCUUUCUCCACUGUCUCCAGUAUGCAGGAGACUUCACAGAAAGAGCUGGUUGGGAGAGUAAUUGGCAACCUUACUGCUGUCAUCAAGGAAAUACAUGAUAGAGGAGGAAGGAAAUUUGCCUUCCUUAAUAUGGGACCUUUGGGAUGCUUACCAGGCAUGAGAGCACUUGCACCAGGAAGAAAGGGUGGUUGCCUAAAAGAUGCCUCACAUCUAGCAAAACUGCACAAUGCGGCCUUCUCCCAACUCCUCCUAAAACUGGAGAGUCAGUUGGAUGGGUUCAAAUACUCAAACAUCAACCUCUACAGUUACAUUAGCCAAAUAAUGGAACACCCCACAAACUAUGGAUUCAAGGAAGGGAUAACUGCAUGCUGCGGCUCGGGACCAUUCAGGGGAAUAUAUAGUUGUGGAGGAAGAAGAGGAGUGAAAAGAUAUGAGUUGUGUGACAAGGUCAGUGAGUAUGUCUGGUGGGAUUCUUUUCAUCCCUCUGAACGGGUCUACCAACUGAUUGCAGAGCAAAUGUGGAAUGGAAAUCCUAAUGUCGUUGAGCCUUACAGUUUGAAAAGUCUCUUUGAAUGGGUGGAAGUAUAGGUCCUAACCGUAUCAAUGAGGGCACCAAAUGGGAUUAAUAUUUCUUUUCAAUAUUUGGACUAGAAUUCUUUAUGUUUUCAAAUUUGGUGUUAUUGGAUGCGAUUUAUGAUGAUAUUAAUAAGAUCCUUAAUUUCUGUCGAUA